CGCGCUGCAACCGCUGCUCUCGUUGUCGUUGGAGGCGGACAAGGAGGGUCCAGUCCGGCUGGUAUGGCUUCCGGAGGCGUCGCCCGCGCCCGCCUCGCCGAGGAGCGCAAGUCCUGGCGCAGGAGCCACCCCCACGGCUUCGUGGCCAAGCCGGCGACACUGCCGGACGGCUCCGUCAACCUGAUGCUCUGGAACUGCAUUGUCCCCGGCAAGAAAGACACUGAUUGGGAGGGUGGGCAUUUCCCAUUGACUCUGCAUUUUACUGAAGACUACCCAAGUAGACCUCCCGACUGCAAGUUUCCGGCAGGUUUCUUCCAUGUCAAUGUCUACAACACUGGUUCAGUAUGCUUGUCGAUCCUUGCUGACGCCUGGAAGCCUUCUAUCACAGUGCGGCAAAUUCUAAUCGGCAUUCAGGACCUUCUUGAUAAUCCAAAUCCAGCCUCCCCAGCGCAGAAUUUAUGCUACGUGCUCUUUACACAGAAUACGCCGGAGUAUAAGAAUCGUGUUCGUCAACAAGCUAAACGUUACCCUCCACUUGUGUAACGUUGGACAAUCUCUGGCACCAAACCAGUUCCCCACUUCGUUGAACACUGUCAAGAUUGUGUGCUCUAUUAUUCAUCAUUUCAGGAAGCUUGUUGGAACUGUUAAAAUGUAUUUCAGUGAGUCAGUGACUUGUCGUCGUACAUGAAGCUAUAUUGUGCCUUUUAGUGUCCAUGCAAAUAUGAGUGAUUCACAUUUUC